GAAAUAGGUUUAGUAUGAAUAAGUGUAGAUGGAUCUACGCCUGUAAAAACUGAGUUUCGGCUGUUCCUUUUUUAAAUUGUAUUUUAGUUGGGCGKGUUUUUCGUAUUCGGGCUGGAAAGUGGUAAUCCGAUCUGGCAACCCUGGCCACGAUCCUCCCGCCAGGAAAAAAAAAAGAGUUUUCUUUCACAUGUGAGGGCAGCUGGUAGUUUUUAAUAACUUUACAACACUUAAUAAUACAUUUGUUAGUUAUCGGGGAGGUCUCUGCCUGUCUACAGUUUGUGAGUCACCUUUAGAGAGGUUUACUGCCCACUGUUACGAGUCAGUGAGUCAGCAGCUUACUUUCAUUUUCUGUUUCCUCCCGUGUUUGAAGCAGUUCAUGACCGUGUCCGAACUUUCAGUAAACCUUUUACAGGUUUAAAAUAAAUACUUCAGGGCUCMUACGGUAUGCUAAAGUGAAACAACGAUUUGUCGUCUUCUUUCUCAGGAUAUGGAUUUCCAAAAGCUUCUGCUGGAUGUUGGUAAAAGUUUGGGCCACGAGGAGCUGAAAGCUUCAGCUUUUCUGUGCACCGACCUCCUGCGCCGAAACCCAAACUCGGUGGAGUCGUUUACUGACUUCUUCUCGUCUCUGAUGAGGAAAGAUGUCCUCUCAGCUGAGGAGCCCCAGCUUCUAACGGAACUCCUCACCACCAUCCAGCAGCAUCGUCUGCUGCGYUCCCUUCAGCUCAGUGACCAAGUCACCAGUAACUACAUCUCCUCUUACAGGAAGCUGCUCUACAACCUGUCUGAGGACAUUACUGAUCAAGACUUACAACAUAUAAAGUUUCUGUUGAACCAACUCGUUCCACGUAGAAAGCUGGCCGAUAACAUUACUACUCUGGAUGUCUUCUUGGAGAUGGAGCACAUGGACCUGAUUAAUGAAACUAAUCUCGACCAGCUGGAGAAAAUAUUUAAAAUAGUGUGUCCUGUGCUGAAUAAACAGAUCGASCAGUAUAAAGCAUUACCAAUUCAGGAAACGAGUCGACCGAGAUCUUCGUCUUUAACUACAGAAACAAAUCAGAUCUCCACAUCUUUUAUAAGGACCGGCUCGUUUGGACGACCAGUUCUGGAGCAGUUUCCUCCGCUUUCACUGUCUUCCACGAAUUCUUMCAACUCAUCCGAUGAUGUUGGUCAAGUUGGGGUCAGCUGUGAGCCCCAGCUGCUAAAUAUGGCCUCAUAUGAAUUGAAAAAGACAGGUCCUGAAACAACCUCCAGUGUGGCAAAGGAGAGUCAAGACACCAAGACCUCCUCUGAGACUCUGAAAAUMUGUGUGGGUUUGGAUGCAUAUCCAAUGACUGCAGCAAAGAGAGGUAUCUGUGUGAUACUGAGCAAUAAYGACUUCUCUAAUGCAAGCAUAAAUCUGAAGGAACGAGUUGGGACCAUUUUUGAUGAAGAAUCUCUGCAAAAAGUGUUCGCUUGGCUCGGCUUCGAGGUGCAGAUUCACAGAGACCUGGACAGGAUGGAAAUGAUCUCCGUGGUGAAGACGCUCAGCAUAGAAAACCACAGUGAGAUGGACUGCCUGGUGUGCUGCGUUCUGAGUCACGGGCUGGAAGGCAACGUGUACGGAGUGGACGGCUGCUCCGUCUCCAUCAAGGAGCUGAUGAGCCCCUUUGAUGGAUUGGGUUGCCGCUCUUUGGUAGAAAAGCCCAAGUUGUUUUUCAUCCAGGCCUGUCAGGGCGAGAAAAAGCAGAAACCCGUGGAAGUGGAUGGAGGAGAAGAGGAGGAAGAUGAUAUUAGCAGUGAUGCUCGAGCUACAGAAUCCAUUCCUAAUGGAGCAGAUUUCCUGCUGGGGAUGGCCACUGUUCCUAACUAUGUUUCCUACAGAGAUAAGCAUGCUGGCACCUGGUACAUCCAGUCAUUGUGCCAAAAUCUUAUCCAGAUGGUACCCAGUGGCGCUGACCUCAUCUCCAUCAUGACCAAGGUGAAUGCAGAUGUUAGCAAGAAGAGCGAUCUUUUUGGCCGGAUAAAGCAGAUGCCUCAACCAGCCUUCUCCCUUCGUAAAAGAGUGAUCUUCCCCAUUCCCAAAAUGCCUCCUCCUGUCAUCUAACCUAACAGUCUCAUUGCUGUAUUUGUACGAGAGAUUAUACACACACUUUUUACAUAGCAAGAAUGUCUGUGUGUCUGUGUGUGUGUGUGUGUGUGUGCGCCUGCCUUACACCAGCCAUCCAAUCACAAAUCAGCUAUUAAAACCUCCGACUCUUGGAAGGGUAUAUUUCAAAAACCUGUUUAUAAAAAGUUGUGCCAAAUUUAAACACUUUUGCAUCCUAUUAGGUAUUUAUAAAUGAUUUAAAGUACUUUAAAAUAAUACACAUGCACAAAACUUAUAAAUAAGUAUUUUAUUUUUCUUUUUGUUUCAUGUUCUUUUAUGAUCUGUAAAUUUUAUUUAUGUGCAUAUGCAUAUGUACAUUUUUCAGCAUCUAGUUCCUAUGAUUUAUUUUACCUGUAGUUGUUAUGAUAGAAGACCAAAUAAUGUAUGCUGGAUGAGUAAUAAUGACACAUUUUAGUUGCAGAAAUGUCAWAACAUUUGAAUCACCGCUGGGAAGCUGACUAACAAAUCAGCACAUGCGAACAAGCAACUUGUCACACUGACUUUUAUAUUUGGAAGCUUUGUUUCGAGUCCAAAAAUUUAUUUUAUUGUUUUUUUAAGGACAGUGUUUUGUCCUGAGACAUUAAUUAAUGAAAAUGCUCAGUGUAUUGCAAGACAGCUACCUCUAUUUGAAUGUUUAGAAUGAAAAUGGAGGAAGUGGGGGGAGUUUUACAGAAUAAAAUAUGUCAUCUGAA